CAUUUGUAAAGUUUUCUAGAUGAGGCUCUGUGAGUAUUGUUCUUCGAAGUUUCCUCUUUAAAAUGUCCAAGUCGGUGUAGGAGUCGGUUAGAAUCUUGAAUUGAUCAUCCCGUCCCCUCUCAUCUUUUCCCUCAUUUCGCUCUUUUCUGGUGGCGUUCGUCAGCAUUAUAUAUACUAUACCCGUAUCGAUGGACUUUGUACGACAAAUUUCCCGCCAGUCUGCCAUUAACUAUGGAAAAGUGAAAGAUGUCUCACCAUCCACUAUCCAGGUAUUGCGGGUGACUCCACAGGCAUCUUCACCCGAUUCGGAUUUGAACUUCAGCAUCAAGAAUUUUGACGGGGCGGAUCUUUUCAAUCAAAUUCACCAUGAUCAAUUAUUCCCCAAACCAAGCCCUAAACAGCCUAGCCUGAAUAUGGUGUUCUUCUCAUCAGUGCGGUGGAAGGAUGAACACAUCACUAACCAGGAUAGAAUCAAACUCUUUGAGUACCUACGCCUUGACGAUGCUUUACUUGCAUACCUUCUCUCGUCUCGAACGGGUUGGUAUUACGUCGCAGGGGACAACCAGUACAGCUUCAUGAUUAAGGAUUAUAUGUAUAUGCUUGCCUGGACUUUCGACCCGGCGACUUUGGAGACGCGCGCUAUGCUUGCUGCACGGAGUGACUAUGCGAAACGUUCUAGUCUGAAGUCCGAUGAUGGAAAUUUCCAUUUACCGGGAUUUUCUACCGCGCAUCUUUAUCACCCAUUGUCUCUUGCAUGCUUGUGCUUAGCAGACUUUGCAUCCUACUUCGAAAGAGUAAUUGUGGAAGAAGGCUAUGUCAUUGGCGACAUCGAGAAGGAUACCGGUCAUGGUGUUUGGAAAAAGGAUCACACUGAGACGGAUGUCUUUGAAUUGGGCCAACUCAUGACGGCAUCGAGAAAUAUAGCUAAGAACAUCGGCAUAUUCGCCAACCUAUUCAAGAGCAUCGAGAUAACGCCUACUAUCGCCGAGGCUCUGCAAGAUAAAAUCUGGAGGGAUUGGUAUAAGAAGUAUAGAAACGAUGAAGAGUCCCUGGAGUAUUUCGAUAAAUGCUCUGCAUCGUUCGUCUCGGCUGCUGGGUUGCUGAAGCAGCGCAUCAACGCGAUUAAGCAGUCUGCGCGUGGUUUCGACGAGAGGACGAAAGCGCAAUCGAAUGUGAUAGCAGCUUUGAUGCGCCGAGAGGAUGCUCGCGUGGGCCACCAACUUGCCGAGGCCAGCAAGAAGCUUGCAGAAGCGACUAAGAAGGAUAGCUCUGAUAUGAAGGUCAUCGCCAUUAUGACGAUGGCGUUUCUCCCUGCCACAUUCUUUGCCGCACUCUUCGACCUUCCGACCCUCGACUGGAACCAACCAAUCGUAAUAACCCGGGACUUCUGGGUAUACUGGGCUUUCACAGUUCCCACAACACUCCUCGUGUUCGUGAUGUGGGACAUUUUGAAUGACCAGAAAAUAUUCUGCUGGCUAAAGAGUAUAUCUAAUAACUCCAAGACAACGAAGGAAGCGCCGAAAGAUUCAAGCGAGAACUCAAUGGAGUUGGUACGUUGGCGGAAUGACCCUAUGUGAAUACAAUAUAUACCUGGAGGAAUUUUCGGAAGUGAUGACCAUGAUGACUUCUUUUUUUAAUGGUAGCAUAGCAUUGGGCGGCUUCUCUGGGAAAUAAUGGAAAAUUGUACCUGGCUUAGAUACCAUAUGAUCAACAAUACACAUCCUUAUUUAAAGAAGUUGACCGGAUUGUUGCAUUGAAAAUCUCCAACCGACCCACCGUCGAACGGUGAUGGU